CGUAUUUCUGAGCAUUGGCGCUGAUCCGGUAAGCUGGUGCUUGAACAACGUCGAUUAGAGGCGGAUUUUACAAUUUCCUUGCUGGUGAUUGGAUUUACAGUUGUCCUACCAAGAAAAUUAAAGCUCCAGAAUGGCAAGCUCAUCGCGAGACGCUCAUUUGAAUAAAGUAUGCUGUUACUCGCAUCCCGAAGCACCGCUGAUAGAAGACUACCGAGCCGGUGAUAUGAUAUGUUCUGAGUGUGGAUUGGUGGUCGGGGACCGAGUCAUCGACGUGGGCUCCGAGUGGCGCACGUUCAGCAACGAGAAAGCCGGAGUCGAUCCGUCUCGUGUCGGUGGUCCGGAAAAUCCACUGCUCAGUGGCGGAGAUUUAUCCACCAUGAUCGGUCCCGGCACUGGCCCCGCUUCAUUCGAUGCGUUUGGAACUGCCAAAUACCAAAACCGACGGACCAUGAGUAGUUCGGAUCGUGCCCUCAUUGCUGCCUUCAAAGAAAUCAGCACGAUGGCAGACAGAAUCAAUCUACCGAAAACGAUCACCGAUCGGGCGAACAAUCUGUUCAAGCAGGUACAUGAUGGCAAAAAUCUUAAGGGUCGAUCGAACGACGCCAAAGCUUCGGCGUGCCUAUACAUCGCCUGCCGCCAAGAGGGCGUCCCGCGAACAUUUAAAGAAAUUUGCGCCGUUAGCAAGAUCAGCAAAAAGGAAAUUGGACGUUGCUUCAAACUCACGCUGAAGGCUCUCGCUACCUCCGUUGAUCUCAUCACCACCGCUGACUUUAUGUCUCGUUUCUGCGCUAAUCUUGACCUUCCCAACGUGGUACAGCGUGCUGCAACGCAUAUCGCCCGGAAAGCGGUCGAGAUGGACAUCGUACCUGGACGGUCGCCGAUCUCGGUGGCAGCGGCCGCAAUCUAUAUGGCCUCACAGGCAUCGGAUAACAAGAAAACACAUAAGGAAAUCGGUGACAUCGCUGGCGUAGCUGACGUCACGAUUCGCCAAUCCUACCGGUUAAUGUACCCGCACGCCGCGGAACUGUUCCCCGAAGACUUUAAUUUCUUCACACCGAUCGAUCAGCUGCCGCCGGUAUAGAGGGCACCUUUGCCUUUCGAUCCCUGCAACGAGCAAAUGCUCAAUGCGAUACUACCAGCGGACACGCUACGGGUGAUGCAAUCGCUGCCGAUAAAAAAAGGAAACGUAUCUUCGUACCGACACACGUACACAUACGAGGAAUCGGUUGUGAUGCGGCUGCCGGUUGGUUAUAAUCAAGGAUUUGUUCAUUUUAUUACAUAAUUUUUUACGACACACAUCGAAGAAGAUGGCAACCACCCCCCUCCCCAAAACAAACUGUGCAAACGGGAGUACAAACUUUUCCACAGAUGAUUGAUUUAUUUAAUAUUGUAAGUGAAGAUGUGUACGCGGAGCAUCCGCUAUGAGGUGAAAUGGUUAAGAACAGUGAGCAAUGUCGCUUUUUGCUUGUAGAACGUGGAACGUUUGGGUUUCGAGCGCAUCAGGGGAAGAUUUUUGAGGCGUACUAUUUCGCAGGCGUUUUCUGCAGCGCCUGGUACGCUUCGUUUCCAUCUAGCUUUAUGCGCCCUGACCAGAUGAACCUGAUGGCCGAAUGUAUUAUUUUUGCGUUCAUUUACUGCGCGUUUAAGGAAUUAUUUACUUAACUGAUACAUAGCUUUUCAUAAGCUCGAACGUUCUUCGUUAAACACAUGGAAGCACAUACAAGGAAAGGUGGACAAACACGGGCACCUCGGAAACAAAUGGUGAAUUAACUAGUACAUAUAAUGAACUGAUUUAUACGAUAAUUAAUAAAAUA